AAAAUAAGAAUAAAAUAUUAAAAAUCAAGGAUCCGUCUCUUAUCCACACAUAUGCAGUUGCUGUCUUGUCCCCCAAAUUUAAUUCAAUUAUCCGUUUUAAAACAAUCCGAACAUGGCGACUCUGUUUCCGACCAUCAAAACCACCGUGAACCACCGUCCUCCGCCGCCCAGUUGUUGUUUAGCAACCAAGAAUGUUGCUCACUCCAAGAUCACAUUACCAUCCCCCUCUACCUCCAUCUUCCGAUUUUAUCGGAACCCUCUUUCCGGCAAGAUAUUCCCGGUGACUAAGUUAAGAAGGUCCGGUGGGACGAGAAUGGCGUGGGAUGGCCCUCUCUCUUCCGUCAAGCUCAUUCUCCAAGGCAAACACUUCGAGUUAAGUGAAGAUGUGAAAGGACAUGUAGAAGAUAAGGUAGGAAAGGCUAUUCAAAAGCACAGUCAUCUGGUCAGGGAAGUUGAUGUCAGAUUAUCCGUCCGUGGGGGCGAGUUCGGGAAAGGCCCUAAAGUUCGGAGAUCUGAGGUCACUUUGUUUACGAAGAAGCAUGGAGUAAUUAGGGCAGAGGAAGUUGCAGAGACAAUGUAUGCUAGUAUAGAUGCUGUGUCUUCGGUAAUACAAAGGAAGUUGAGGAAGAUUAAGGAAAAAGAUUCUGACCAUGGACGUCACAUGAAAGGAUUUGAUAGACUUAAAGUUAGAGAUCCUGAGGCUAUGUUACUUCAGAAUGGUUCCAUUUCAUCCGCUCAAGUAGAAGAUGAAGAUGAUGAAGAUCCAUUCAUGGAUGAGAUUGUGCGUACAAAAUAUUUCGACAUGCCUCCGUUGACAGUAGCUGAAGCAAUUGAGCAGCUGGAAAAUGUUGAUCAUGACUUUUAUGGCUUUCGAAAUGAAGAUACCGGUGAGGUUAAUAUCAUAUACAGAAGAAGAGCUGGGGGUUAUGGGCUCAUUAUUCCUAAACAAGAUGGUAAAGCUGAGAAAGUAGAGCCCUUGGUGGUGGAACCAGCAAGAAAAUCUUCUGUGGCAGAAUAGAUGGGCUGCUACAUGCGUGAAUCUGUGUAAUUGCACGAGAUGUACUUGUUGCUUGAUCUGUGUAUGUUUUGCUAAUAUAGGAAGGCAAACAAAAAAUUGACUAAAUUUGAGUUAAUGUCUAUGGAGGUCUCCGGCUAAAUUUGAGUUGAUGUCUGUGGAGGUCUCCGACAUCAUGACCUUAUCUUUGAGAUACACUCUACCCAACUACACAAGAACAAAAGACUAUGUUUGCCUCUGAACAUAUAUGUAUAUACAAGUCAACAUAUUAGUUUCUUUUCAA